AUGGAGAAACAACCUGAAGAAGACUGGGUGGAGACCACUGCCAAAGAGACAAUGAAGAAGGACAAUAUCACCGACCUUGCCAGCCGUGCUACGGCAAUGGAGCAUGAACUGGGAUACUGGGAAGCAUUCAAGAUCUACAAGAAGGGAAAUUUUUAUGCUCUACCGGCUUUCCAACAAGCUUUUGGUCAAGAGGUACCUGGCCAUGGUUAUCAGAUUCCUGCACGCUGGCAAGUUGCUAUGUCUAUGGGUUCUCUAGUCGGCCAAGUCGUCGGUGCAUAUCUUGUCACGUAUCCGAUGGAAAAGUACGGCCGAAAGAAAACGUUUGCUGUAUGCCUAGUAUUGACUGCGAUCUUGACCUUUAUGCAAUUCUUCGCUAGCAGUAUCGGCAUCCUCGCAGCCUCACAGUAUAUGUCUGGCAUUGUUUGGGGCAGUUACUGCGUUAUAGCAACAACCUAUGCCUCGGAAGUGCUGCCGUUGCGUCUUCGUGGCUUCUUGACAGGCUACAUCAACCUGUGUUAUGUGAUGGGCCAGUUCAUCCAAACCGGAGUAACUCGCGGCUUCAUCAACCGAAUCGAUCAAUGGGCUUACCGGAUUCCUUUCGCUAUUCAGUGGGUUUGGCCCAUCGUUCUCCUCGCUGGACUUCCCUUUGCGCCCGAGUCUCCCUGGUGGCUUAUACGUCAGGACAAUCGUAUGGAUGAUGCUGAGAAAGCUCUACUGCGACUGCUCAGGCCAACACCAAAAGUCGACCCAAAAGAGAUAAUAGCUAUGAUGGUCAAGACCGACACCUUUGAACGCGAAAUCGAAGUUGGUAGCACAUAUGCCGACUGCUGGAAGGGGUCAAACCGGCGCCGAAUGGAGAUUUGUAUCUGUCUGUUUGUCAUUCAGAAUUUCUCUGGAAACCCCGUUGGCUUUGCAACGUACUUCUUCGAACAGAUUGGCCUUACCAGUGUGCAGUCAUUUGAUAUGGGUGUUGGAUUAAAUGGGUUGGGAUUCGUAGGAACAUUGUGUUCUGCUAUUCCCUUGAUUUAUUUCGGAAGAAGAGUGUCAUACAUUUUCGCGGUUUCGUUCAUGGUUACAGUCCUCUUCAUCGUUGCGCUGAUUUCGUUUGCCCAUGAUUAUACGACUAACUACUCUUAUCGAUGGGCUCAAGCUACUUUACUCAUUAUUCUACAAUUCGUUUGGCAGGCUACGCUUGGUCCCCUUACCUACGUUGUCGUCUGCGAGACACCUUCCACCAAACUAAGGUCCAAAACGCUUGCUAUUGCAACAUCUAUUGACGCUCUUACUGGUUUGGUCACCACUGUUAUUGGUCCAUAUCUCCUCAACCCAGGAGCAGCAAAUGCAGGGGCAAAGAUUGAGUUCUUAUACGGUGGGAUUUCCGUUUUUUCUUUGAUCUGGUGCAUUUUCCGUCUUCCGGAGACAAAGGGGAGGACUUUCGAAGAACUUGAUAUCCUGUUUGAGAGGAGAGUCCCUGCAAGAAAAUUCAAUGCAUAUGUUAUUGAAGAUUUGGACGCAGAGGAGAUCAAAAUUGCUGCUUCAAGUGGUAAUGUUAAAGCUUUCCCAUCUAAUGUUGACCAGGCACCAGAUGUAUGAAUGUUUAUCCUGCAAAGAUAAUAUCGAGGAAAACGCAAUUUGAAGUCAACAUAAAAUAUAUAGUGUCUAUGCUGCAUUGUAGUAAUU